AGUGGCGAUGGCGAUGGGCGGUGCAAUGGACGCCUGCGGGCGUUGUAUGAAAGUGUCCCUGGUGGCCACUAACAUUUUAACAUUUGUGGGCGGUGCGUUAGCUCUGGCUAUCGGUGUAUGGGUGUGGGUGUCACGUUCGUUCCCUAGCACGCUGAUGAGCAACAAUAUGUUCAUCGCGUCCGUCGCGGUGGUCGUGGUCAUGGGGGCGGCCAUGAUGGUGCUGUCUCUACUCGGUUGCUGUGGAGCAGCUAAGGAAGUCAAGUGCAUGCUACUUACGUAUUACAUUCUGGUAUUCAUAAUGUUCGUGGUAAUGCUGGUCGGCGGUAUCCUCUUGUUCGUGUUCAGAGAGAAAGUCUUAACAACCUUGGAGCGGGAAAUGCACGCGUCCAUCCCCAACUAUGGAGUGAGGCACGAGUACACGGUGGCGUGGGACGAGACGCAGACCAACCUCCAGUGCUGCGGCGUUAAGAGCUACAAGGAUUGGAACGACAAUGUCCCUGAAAGCUGUUGUCGUGAAGUCUACCCCGGGAAAAGACAGGACUGCAAAUAUUCCCAGAAUCCAACGACGAUGUACAUGGAAGGUUGUUUCAACAGAACAGUAGAAUUGUUGCGAGAAGACGCCGUGUUCGUGGGAGCGGUGGCCAUAAUUGUUGCUUUAAUUAUGGUUUUGGCGCUAAUAUUCUCAUGUGGGUUGUUCGUGAAAAUAGAAUGACACCAUUGAAGAAAACGAAUAUAGUGACUAAUGAUAAAGUCUGUUGAUUAGGUUGACUUUUAAGGAUAUGUAUGUUAUGCGACCGAUUGAUUACCUGGCGUCGUAAUGCGCAUUACAUUUUCUAAUUUAUUAUCUAAAUGUAGGUACUUUCUUUAAAUAAAUUUUUUUAUUGAUUCCGAUACA